AUGCCGGCGAUCAGCUGCGACGUGCCGUGGCCGGGACUGCUCCUCGAUCAGGAGGCGGUCGCGGCCGCGCGGGCUCUGGCCGCACGGCCCCCGUCGUGCCUGCGAGUGGUGACCUGGAACGUGUGGUUCGACGCCGUCUGCGCCGCGGAGCGCCAGGCGGCUCUGCUCCGGGAGGUGCUGUCCGCCGCGCCCGACGUGGCGUGCCUCCAGGAGGUCGUGCCGGCCUUCGCCGAGGCCGUGCGCAGCUGCGAGGCCCUGGCGGCGGUCUACCGGGCCUCCCCGCAGGCCAUCGACGGCAUGGGCCCUGAGAAGGCGAUCGAGUUCAAGGCGAACCUGUGCAUACUGACCGCAGACGGCUUCAUGCAGUACCUGAAGGACACCCACGUCAAGGAACGAAGUAUCCCAGGGCUUUCGGAUUACGGGUGCCUGCUGCUCGUCCGCCACGACCUCGAGCCCACGUUCGGCGCCCGGCCGCUGCCCUCGCGCAUGGGCCGAGCCCUGCUGUGGGUGCGCUGUGGAGGCAGGUGCCCAGGCCUGGUGGUCGCCACCACGCACCUGGAGUCGCUGAGCAGCGCGCCCUGGCGGCGCCAGCAGCUGGAGGAGGCCUCGCGAUGCCUGCGGGAGUACGAGGGCGCCGUCCUCUGUGGCGACUUCAACUUCGACGACGAGAAGACGUGGGGCGAUUGGCGCCGGCCCGAGCCCGCGCUCGGGCCAGGCGAGCUGGAGAACUGCGUUCUGGGCGAGCUGCUGCCGGACUUUGCCGACACCUGGCGCGAGGUGCACCCAGAGGAUCGCGGGUACACGUUCGACGGCGAGGAGAACCCCGUUUGCUGCCGAGAUCGGGGCGAGCGGAUGCGGUACGACCGGCUGCUGGCGCGGCGGGGGCCAGGCGGAUGGGUGCCCCUGGCGGCGGAGCUGCUCGGGAGGGGCGCCAUCGACAGCUCUGGCAUGCGGCCCUCGGAUCACUACGGGCUCCUGGUGGACCUUGGGCGCGAUGACGGCUGCGCCGACGGCACGCCUCUCGUCGUGGGGCCGCCGCGCCAG